CUGCCGCCUUCCGGCUGCGCGGACUCUGCUCCACGCGCGCUCCCGGCCGGCCAUGGCUCCGCUGCGCUUCUCGGCCAACGUGUCGUGGCUGUUCUCCGAGCUCCCCGGCCUCCCCGCGCGGCUCCGAGCCGCGGGCAGUUCGGGUUUCGAGGCGGCCGAGGUCGGCUGGCCGUACGGGGAGCCGCCGGAGGCGCUGGCGCGCGCGGCGCGGGAAGUGGGGCUGCAGCUCGUGCUGAUCAACACGCCCCCGGGAGACCGAGAGAAAGGGGAGAUGGGUCUGGGGGCCGUUCCCGGGAGGCAGGCGGCCUUCCGAGAUGGGCUGGAGCAGGCUGUGCUGUACGCCAAGGCUCUGGGCUGUCCCAGGAUUCACCUGAUGGCUGGCCGAGUGCCCCAGGGGGCUGAUCGAGCAGCAGUCAGGGGUGAAAUGGAGACAGUUUUUCUGGAGAACCUGAGGCACGCAGCUGGGGUUUUGGCUCAGGGAGAGCUCUACUCAUGGAUCCCGCCUGGUGCUAGGAGAACCUUGUGGGGCUGCUGGAACCCAUCAACACCCGCAUCACGGACCCCCGCGGCAGCCAUCUUAGAGAAAGUUGGAAGACCCAACCUCCAGUUACAGAUGGACAUAUUCCACUGGCAGAUCAUGGACGGGAACCUGACAGGGAACAUCCGGGAGUUCCUGCCCUUCGUUGGUGAGGGCCCCUUUCUUGGCUUCUUCCUAGUCUGCCAUGCUGCUUCCUCUGUCCUCCCACUCUUUCUACCCCCCCACAUCUGCCCACAUCUGCCCCCAGGGCACGUGCAGGUGGCACAGGUCCCGGGCCGAGGGGAACCCAGCAGCCCUGGAGAGCUGAACUUCCCCUAUCUGUUCCAACUGCUGGAAGAUGAAGGCUACAAAGGCUUUGUGGGCUGCGAGUACCAGCCUCGAGGAGACACGGUAGAGGGCUUGAGUUGGCUACGUUCGUACUGGGAUAAGCGGGGCCGCCCACAGGCUGGCCAGUGAGGUCCUGCGCUCCAGCCACACACCUCUGGGACGGUGAGCUGCACAUCCCGAGUCUCCUCUGAAUUAAAGACAAUCUGCUGAAGGUU